UCCAAACUGAACUGUGCUGUUCCUCCUUUGGCAUCCAAGAGAAUACUGAGCAGCUCUCCACUCAUCCUCCUGAUUAACUACUCUAGAGCUAUCUUGUGGAUUCUCUGAAGAACAAGUCAAGAUACACCUUGUGACAAUGAAGGCUGCAAUUGUUUUCGUCCUGCUCUUUGCAACGGUCCUCGGUCGCCCGGCGAUACGCUCGCCCGGCAACAGUCCAGAGAGCUCAGAAGAACUGGUGAAACCAGCUCCAGUGCUUGGGAUAGCCCCAGCAGAACUUACUGAGGUGGCCCCUGUACAGGUUUUCUUUAAGAAUGGAGAUACCGCUACAACAUCAGACGAGAGCUCUGACGAAGAUGAAACAGAGGGAGCUGAUCCUACUUCAGACCCAACAUCGGACAGCACAGCAUCAACAGACAGCACAGACAGUGCAGACAGUGCAGACAGCAAUGAAAGCAAGGACAGCGCAGACAGUGCAGACAGCGAUGACACAAACGAGUCCAGUGAGUCAGAGGAGGCGGACACCACCGCUGCCCCUCCGACAGCUGAGCCCACCGUAGAGCCCACAAUGGCUACCACUGAGGCCCCCAUUUACGACGACGGACGUGGAGACAGCAUGGGUUACCCCAGCGACUACAAGAAGUCUAUCAUCUAUGUAGAUACUAACAACAUCGAGAAGGGACCCUCCUCUUACAAAGCCUAUGGAAAGAUGGAUGAGGGCCUGUAUACUGGCAAAAAGGUGUCCGUCUACGACACCGGGCUCGGAAACGAGAUUGAGAAGAAGAUGACAGGGUUCAAGGCCCUGCAGGUGCAUGAUUUGAUGGAGGAGGACACCAGCACCCCUGACGUGGAGAGCCAGGUUCUGGAUUCCUCCAGCGGGAAAGCCGAGGAGCCCAGCCUGCGCCAGGCGCAUGUCGACGUAGCCAGCCAGGACAGGACCCCCUCUGAGAGCCCCGAGAGCCAGAAGGCCAAGAGCCUGGAGAGUGAUGCCACCAGUGUGCGCACCAGUAGCGCUAGCAGCGAUGGUACUAGCGAGAGCACCAGCACCAGCGCCAGUAAUGAAACUGACAGCAGCAACAGUAGUGAGGAGGCUACAGCCAGGCCUGGGGCAGCAGACAGCGACUCAGCAGAGAGCAACGAGAGCCAUGACAGUGACAGCGACUCGGCUGAGGAGGCAGCCACAGUGGCUACCAUCACUACUGAUGCUCCCGUAGUCAUCACUGCCAAGUAAAGCCCUGUCUCUCUCAUCCUGCUGCUGUCGACAGUGAAGAAUGCUACCAGAACCUGGAAGGUGCUCUAUGACCCUGCCUUAGGAGGAGAGGUCAGAACAGAGAGAAUAACAGAAAACACAUAAGCACAACUCAGGGCCCUUAGGGUCUGAUACAGUACAACAAUAAUACAUGAUAAGAUUCAUACUCGCUAUCUCAUCAUGACAUAUAGAACAGUCAAUUUUGUUCAAUUGCACAAUUAUUUACACUACAUGUUGUUUGUCCCAUUUUUACUGUAAUAAUGUAUAACGUUGUAUCAGUCCUAAAUACAUGCAUUCUUUUUUUUCAUAAAA